AUGGCGCCCCGACCCAUCUUUACUCUUACACACCCGCGAGCAUGCUCGACGGCGUUCGAACGGGUCUUCAUGACUCGUCGUGACAUCCUCGAGUGCUCGCAUGAACCCUUUGCCGAUGCCUUUUACCUGGGCCCGGAGCUCAUGAGCGAUCGCUUCAAGGAUGCGUCCGCCGACCGCGGCUCCCUGGGCAUGUCCUGCUCCGACACCUACCAGACCGUGUUGGACAGCUUUGCCCAGAUGCAAUCUCAGGGAAGACGCCUCUUCAUCAAGGACAUGGCCUACUACCUCAUGCAGCCCGGGAACAACCUCACCAGCAUCGCGCCCUCCGUGAGCGCCCGUCCCGAGCUCGACAACCCGACUGUGCUGCCCCUCAACGUGCUCAGCAAGUUCCACUUCACCUUUCUCAUCCGCCACCCGCGCCGCGCCAUCCCCUCCUACUGGCGCUGCUGCCUCCCGCCGCUCAGCGACCGCAACGGCUUCCCCUACUUCCUCCCCAGCGAGGCCGGCUACGAGGAGCUCGUCCGCCUCUUUGACUUUUUGCUCGAGAGCGGCGUCACCGACAAGGAGCACCUCACCGUCCUCGACGCCGACGACCUGCUCGACAACCCCGAGGGCACGAUUCGCAUGUUUUGCGAGCGCACCGGCAUCGACUACCACCCCAACAUGCUUGAGUGGUCGGCCGAGGACGGCAGGAUUGCCACCGAAAAGUUUGCCAAGUUUGAUGGCUUCCACGAUGACUGCCUUCGCACUACGCGCCUCGAGGGCAGAUCCCAUGCACAGAAAAUCUCAACAGUCGACUCUGAAGAUGCCGAGUGGCUCAAGAAGUUUGGCCCUGACGCGCAAAAGAUCAUCCGCCAAACUGUCAAUGACAACAUUCCUUACUACGAGUAUCUGAAGCAGUUCUGCAUCAAGGCUUAG